UGUAUAUAGACGGUUAAAAGCCAGCAUCUCUUUAUAAAGUUUUCACUUGAUAUCUAGACACAUGUGCUCGAAGACUAAAAAAGCUUCGGGUUUCAGUUUCCAGCAAUCGUGAGAAGUUUCGUUAAUGAGUUGAGGUCGUAUCGUGUGAAAUAAAAAUAUAGUUGAAUAGCUCGACAGUUUUUAUAUUGUUUUGUGUCAUUUUUAUGUGAAGAUGGCCGGAGUGAACGACGGGGUUGAAGAUAAAGAAGAGAAAGGUUUAGAAAUGGAAACUUUUGAAAGAUCGAAUGGUACGGAAAAUACAAAACGGUUUCAAGUGAAAAAAGUGAAAAGUAAUGCUUCAGAACAUCGCGUUCGAUUAUCGGAGAGGGAUGAAAAUGCGGGAGAUAGAACGGAAAGCGAGGAUGAAGACACUCACGUCGAUAUCAACGAAAGGACGCGGUUGAAUUCGGAAAAUGACACGAAGUAUGCCAAAAGUUUUAGACAAAUGACACGUGAAGCGUUACCGCGCCUGGACAAUUACAGGAAUAUAAUGUCCUUCCAGGCUGCUAAUCGUCCAACCUUAGAUGAAUUGCAUAAUGCCACGUUAUCAAACAAGGUGUGUAGAGCGUUAANUUCUUUGGCAAAACCAGUUGGUUGGAGGCCCACCUUUAAGUAUUACAACAUGUGGCUGAGCUUAAUGGGUGCCAUUUUAUGCGUACUCGUAAUGUUCUUGAUAUCGUGGUGGACUGCCCUGGUUACCUUUUCAGUUGUACUUGCCCUUUACCUCUUCGUUUCGUAUCGGAAACCCGAUGUAAACUGGGGCUCGACAACUCAAGCCCAAAUAUACAGAAACGCACUACAGGCUGCACAUCAACUCAACAACAUUGAAGAGCAUGUCAAAAACUACAGACCUCAGAUACUAGUCUUGUCUGGGAUGCCAAGCGCCAGACCAGCUCUGGUGGACUUUUCUAGCCUUUUGACCAAAAACCUUUCGAUGUUGGUUUGUGGACAUAUCAAUACAAGCGUGUUACCGGAACGAGUAAGGGCAGUCUUGAAUCACAAGGCAACGUCUUGGUUGAAGACGCACAAACUGAAAGCUUUCUACAUGCAGGUGGACGGCACCACUUUUGAAGAAGGUGCAAAAGCCCUCCUCAAAGCCUGCGGAAUUGGAAAGUUGAGGCCCAACAUUCUUCUUAUGGGACACAAAAACGACUGGCAAAAAUGUUUGAAACAGGAUUUAGAUAUGUACUUUGAAGUGCUACACACGGCACUGGAUCUGCACUUGGCAGUUGCCAUCUUACGGCUUCAGCAGGGUUUGGAAUUGAGUCGAAAGGCUCCCGGGGAAGAGGAGUUUCAAAGUUCGAAAAUACGAAGUAACAGUUACGAAUCAGUUCCAAGAAACAGGUCCUACGAUCAACUUUCGCAAAUUAGCAGUACCAGUAAUUUUUCCACUCCGGAAGCAAGAAAGAAGGCAGAUACUGUAAGCUCGCGUCCUAAUCCUGCUGAGGAACCUCAGAAGAAAUUAUUGAAAUCUUCUGAGUUUCUUCAUUCCGUGAUGGAAGAUAAUAAUGAUUUACCGAAAGAAGUUGCGAGUCAAAUGUUCCAGUUCCAAAAGAAACAGAAACGAGGAACAAUAGACGUUUGGUGGUUAUACGACGAUGGGGGUUUAACGUUACUGCUUCCAUAUAUCAUGAGAACAAGAAGGAAUUGGAGCACAUGCACCCUGAGAGUAUUUACGCUAGCGAAUAAGAGGAAUGAAUUGGAAGUCGAACAAAGGAAUAUGGCCAGCAUGUUGGCCAAAUUUAGAAUUGACUAUUCUGACCUCCAAAUAGUACCUGAUAUUACUAAUAAACCCACGGAAUCUACACAGCAGUUUUUCGAUUCGCUCAUUGCUGAUUUUCGAGAAUCUAAUAAAAACCCUGACGCGGCGACGAUAUCAGAUUCAGAACUGCUAUCAAUGAAGGAGAAAACGAAUAGGCAUCUUCGAUUACGUGAACUCCUUCUGGAGCACUCUCAUGAUGCAAGCUUUAUUGUUAUGACACUGCCCGUACCUCGAAAAAAUGUGAUAUCAGCACCUUUGUAUUUAGCCUGGUUGGAACUUUUGACAAAAGACAUGCCGCCAUUUCUUCUCGUACGCGGAAAUCAGACAUCAGUUCUAACAUUCUACUCAUAAUUUAUUAUAAUUUGUAAUUUAUUUACCUCAACAUCCCAACAAGAUUACAAUAUUAAUAUUUAUUUAUAUGUAUUAUGCUACAGUACCUAAUAUAGCCAGUAUUAAUGAAAAGAGGGAUUAGAUAAAGAUAAAAUACUAUGAUAAUUUUAUUUAAUAUGACAAUAGUCCAUUGUAUAAAGAGAAAUUUACUAAUAUAUAACAUUAAACUAAC